AUGCCUUAUGUUAUAUUGGUUAUAGAUCUUGAUGAAUCUGAUAUUGAUUAUCUCUUCAAGCUCCUUCUUAUUGGAGACUCUGGUGUUGGUAAAUCAUGUCUUCUUCUGAGAUUUGCUGAUGAUUCAUACAUAGAGAGCUACAUCAGCACCAUUGGAGUUGAUUUUAAAAUACGUACAGUUGAGCAGGAUGGAAAGACCAUCAAACUCCAGAUAUGGGACACAGCUGGACAAGAACGAUUUAGGACAAUCACCAGUAGUUACUACCGUGGAGCCCAUGGGAUCAUUAUUGUUUAUGAUGUGACAGAUGAAGACAGUUUUAAUAAUGUGAAGCAAUGGCUCAGUGAAAUUGACCGCUAUGCAAGUGAUAAUGUGAACAAGCUUUUGGUUGGCAACAAGUGUGAUCUGGCAAAUAGAGCUGUGUCAUAUGAUACCGCCAAAGCAUUUGCAGAUGAAAUAGGCAUACCUUUUAUGGAAACAAGUGCCAAAGAUGCUACAAACGUUGAACAAGCCUUCAUGGCAAUGUCUGCUUCAAUCAAGAAUAGAAUGGCAAGCCAACCUGCAAAUAAUGCAAGACCUCCAACAGUGCAGAUCAGGGGACAACCAGUUGCACAGAAAGGUGGAUGCUGCUCUUCCUAA